UGCAAGGCGACCAAGGCCAAGAAAAAACGGGAGGGGAAUGAUUCGGAUGGAUUUGCCCCUGUUGCCCUUGGCCCUAGGAUGUAGGGGAAAGGGCGCUCUUCUCACCACAUAAAAGGCGUGCAGGGUGUCGCCAAAGCCCUCCUGCUUUCUUCUCCAUCGAAAAGCAAACCAACCUUCCAACACCAACCACACAACCACAUAACGCAGUCCCACCGUACUGCAAAUCUCAAGGCGAAUCUAGCGCAUAUCACACAGCAACAUCGCUAAACCAUGGGUUCCGUAUUCUCCUGCCUAGGCAACAUCUGCAGCAGCAUCGCCAACGGAAUAAAUACGAUCUUCGCAGCAAUCGCAUCAUGCUUCAUGGGCAUCGUCAACGGCAUCCGCAACUGCGUCGCCGGCACAUUCCGCGCGAUCGGGAGAUGUCUACCGUGUUAGCCGCGGCACCAACCCCGGCACUCGUUUCCUAAGAACGAGUGUUGAAACCUGACGACAAGCAACGAGACGAAAAAGCGAAAUCCAAAAGCAUCACGCCAUCAUCUUCGGCGACCACGAACUAGCUUAGUGGGUGGGAUUUCUUUCGAUCUGUUGCUCAACUGAGGGUUGGUGCCUGUAUGUAUUGUGAUGGGCGGGACGAGGUCUCGAUUUUGUACGAAGGGAGGGGGAAAGCCCUAUUUAGGAAGGAAACUCAGCUGGGUCUUUUUUGGGGCCUUGAUGGAAUGUCAUUGUAAUUGUUUAUGCUCUACUGUAACCGUCCAAGUUGUGAAUACCAUUGAAAUUUUGAAACCCAC